CGUCAAUACUGAUCAGUGUCAUCCAUAGGUGUCAUCAGUGAUUAUGCGUUUCAGAAAUGAAUUGUACCAAGUUUUUUUACGUUCUCAUUGUAGCGGCAUCUCUCCGCUCCGUCCACAACUUCCUCGUGACGCGCUUCAAGAACCCGCACGAGUACGUGGCCCGCGACGACCUCAGCGUGCUCGACUCCCUGGACGACGCCACCUACCAGCACCUCCUCCAGGAACUCCCAAUACUUGAGAAGUACGCGAAACGCAGGCGACCGGAAUUCAUCGAAGAUGAAGACAACGAAGAAAAUGAAGAGUUCGAAUAUUACCACGACCAGGACGAUCAGGAGGAAUGGACCAAUGUGAAUCUCGAGGAAUACUCCCAGCAACGAAACAACCAAGCGGUCAACCUGACUACUACCACACAACUUCCAAAAUUGCCUUUCAUAACUCGAUGGCCGAAUCCAUCGACUCAUCGACAGCCGAAAGUGGCAGCACAGACAAAUGAUAGCCGAAAAUCGUUUCUCAGCUGGCUCAGCCCCUACCAGGGGCCGCGGGUGGCGCGCUGCUUCUGGUGCGGCCUCAACCAGUCGAGGAUCCCCCGGAGCCCCCUGUGCCACGACAUGUUCGAGACGCAGGACUUCCGAGCGCGGACGCUGGCCAGAUUUUUCCGCGCACAUUGCCACGAAAACAAAUUUCAUAUCGCCAAUAGAAAAAAACCGUUUCAAUAUUACAGUGGAGGUCCCACGCACAGGUACGCGCCCGGCUUGAUCAGCCAGUUCUACGGGCCGUUCACGGGGGGCUGCUUCAAGCGCUUCCUGGACGUGGGCACGGUGUACACGCAGCGCGGCUGCCGCGCCUGGUGGCCGCGCAUGAGCUGGGGCGCGCCCAGGUCUUUCGCGGCCCACAGGUUCGCAGCCAUGGAGAUCCCCCUGAGGAAGUUCAAGAAGGACAUCUGCCUGAUCUCCCCGCACGCCUCCCUCACCCCCUUCCACCGCGGCAUCUCGCUCUACGUGCGCUACCACGUCUGCAUUUGCUUCAAGAAGUGGUGCAAUGGAGUUG